AUGGCCUCGCAACUGCUCAGGCCACACUCUCACGUCGCCGCCGCCGCCGCCCUGCACUCCGCGAGGAGAGCCGACCGCCAUGGCCGCUGCCCCGCGACAGUGCACGUAUCGUUCUCUUUCAAAUCCCAUGUUGUUCUGACUGUGUUUCCGGCUGCUUCAAGUUUCACUUUUAUGCAUGCUGUUUCUCUGCAGCUCGGCAGGUUCCAUGACCACGGGUGCAGCAGGUCCGGCCGUCCUAAGAGAUCCGGCUCAGCGAAGGUGAGCGCCUUCCCGUCGCUGGACGUGGUGCCGCUGAUGGUGACGAUGGUGGAGCACGUGGACAUGUCGCGGGACUACGUCGUGACCAAGUCCAUCUGGCAUCUCAGCGACGCAGCCCUCAAGAGCGUUUAUACCUUCUACGCCAUGUUCACGGUGUGGGGCGUCUGCUUCUUUGCGUCUAUGAAGGAUCCCUUCUACGACAGCGACACGUACAGGAGCGCGGGUGGAGAUGGAACCGUGCACUGGUACUACGAUAGGCAAGAGGACCUGGAGGCGUCUGCGAGGGAGGAGCUGCUGCGGGAGGAGCUGCUCGAGGAGAUUGAGCAGAGGGUUGGGGGCCUCAGAGAGCUGGAGGAAGUAGUCACAAAGUGA